AUGAAUGAAUAAAAAUUGCGAGAAAUGAUGAAAAUAUAUACUGUCUCCAAAUAGGUUAAUAAAAAAGCUGAAAAAAAUUUCCUUAAGUUUUCUCAUCAAUUUUAUAAAAUGCAUAAAGCUGAUAUGACUCCUGAAUUAUUGAAUGAGAUCAAUUCUCUAAGAUAAUAAAUCAAAGUUGAAAAAUAAAAUUUUUCUAAAUAAACCUCUCCCAUUAUCAGUCCACGUCUCUCUGAAAACCCUAAAUUAAUUCCUCCUAAUUAAACUUCAAUCACAGAUUUAGUUAUUGAAAAUAAAUAAAAAAUAGAUUCUAUUAUUUUAGAAGCUGCUCAUGCUUAAAUAUUCAAACUAUAUAUAGAGGAAAUUAAAGAUUUGAAGCAAUGUAUAUUGUUUUAGUAAUUUUGAUUAGAACUUAAUAAAGCAAAUAUAAUGAUUGAAACAUAAAAAAAGUAAUAUGAUAUUAGACUAGAAAGUAUUUUUAUUUAUUUAUUUUAGCUCUCAAUAAUUAGAUAGUUGAUUAGAAACGAAUAAAUGAUGAUUUAAAAAAAGAAGUAAUAAAAUAAAUAAUAUAGGUAAAAGUAUUGAAGCAAAUUUUAUUGGAAAAAUUAUACAAUCGUUAAACAACAGAAUUAUCAACUAAAACUUAAAAUGAAAGUCUAGAAAAAUACCAUAGUAUCAAUACUUCAACUUCUAAUUCUGUUAUUACAAAAGAGAAGAGCUUAGAUCUUUUUAAAUCAGAAAUUGAAUAGGCUCUUAAUAUAUAUCGUUUAGAUAAAUAAAAUACUUAGAUUUAGGAAUCAAAGACUUAAAAAUCAUGA